AUGUGGUCUGAAGUCCAGGGUAGAGGACCGGUCGUUACUCUAACAGCCCUUGAGUUGCGAAACGGCAGAGCUCGUUCUCUAGUCGACACAGGAGCUGACAUAAAUGUUAUCAGAAAAGACGCACUUGCCCCUCGUACAAUAAUUGAUACCUGGGAUUCAGUAUCCAUAAAAGGAAUCACUACCAUUUAUCACAAUACCAUAGUCGCAGAUUCCGAACCCGUAAACCCAAUCCCGCUCGAAAAUACCAAAGGUGAACCAUUUGAUACACCCCUGGUAACUAUGUUUCGAAGUGAAGACGAACCCUCAGUAUUCUUUUUAAAAGCUAGAACUCGAACAGUAAUACCAAUUAAUCUUCCUAAGACUGAUCUAAAAACUGUGUUUUUACCUCGCAUUGAAACUCGCGAAAAUAUUUUCAUUGGUAAUGCCUGGGUCACGAACAAUGACAGUACUUGCUACGUCUACGCGAUAAACGCAUAUGAGGAUGAUAUCGAAUUAGUCGUUCCACCACAAGAAAUUAUUCCCUUCGAAUGCGAUGGCAGUUCAGAGGAUUUCUUUGACGAUUCUGAAGAUAGCAAUAUACCGGAAGAUGGUCAGGACAGAUUCGAGCGCAUUUGUGCGAGUCUCCGACUUGAUCAUUUAAAUAUUUUGGAAAGAGAGCAUGUGCAUGAGCUUAUCAGAGAAUUUCCGAUGCUCUUUCAUCUCCCUGGAGAUGAUCUUCCAGCUACAACAAUGAUGACACACUCGAUUCCAACGACUGGUGAAAUUCCUAUAUCAGUCCGUCAGUACCGUUUUCCACCUGUACAUAAGGAAGAAAUCGCUCGACAAGUAAAUAAAUUACUGAAUGAUGGUGUAAUAUCUGAAUCUGUAUUUCCAUAUAAUUCACCCCUUUGGAUAGUCCCAAAGAAGCCAGAUUCGAAAGGUAAUAAGCGCUGGCGUAUGGUAAUUGACUUUACACAAUUCAACGAGAAAACCAUAGGCGAUGCUUAUCCUCUCCCGAAUAUAGUUGAGAUUCUCGAUAGACUAGGGGGAGCAAAGUAUUUUUCAGUUUUCGACUUGGCUAGUGGAUUUCAUGAAAUCAAAAUGAAUCCAAAGGACCAACAGAAAACUGCAUUCAGUACACCAAAUGGUCACUUUAAGUAUAACAGAAUGCCAUUUGGACUGAAAAAUGCUCCAGCUACUUUUCAACGACUUAUGGACCGAGUUCUUCUAGGUCUACAAGACGUUGAGCUAUUUUUCUAUCUCGAUGACGUCGUUAUUUUCGCAUCAUCACUCGAAGAACACGGCAUAUGUGACCGAAGACUCUUCAAUCGACUAGAACAAGCCAAUUUAGUCUUACAAUCAGAUAAAUGUGAAUUUCUAAAUCUAGAAGUUGCAUAUCUUGGUCAUAUUAUUGGCAAUGGCGGUGUACGUCCAGACCCAAAGAAGACUGAAGCUAUCGAAAAGUUUCCAAAACCAAAGACAGUUACGAACAUCAGACACUUUCUUGGAUUAGCUGGUUAUUAUCGUCGCUUCAUUGAAAACUUUUCAGGCCGUGUGAAACCAUUAACAGAACUAUUAAAAAAGGAUAAUCCAUUCAACUGGACUUCAGCUCAACAAGAAAGUUUUGACGACUUACGCAAGGCACUAUGUACAUCUCCAGUUUUGCAAUAUCCUGACUUUUCUCAACCAUUUAUCUUAACUACUGACGCUUCAGAUCUCGCUAUUGGUGCGGUAUUAAGCCAAGGAAAAAUUGGAAGAUUGAACGUAAAUGCAGAUGCAUUAUCAAGGAAUCCUGUUGUUUUGCCAAUGGUCCCCACAGGAAAAUCUGAAACAGCUGCGAGGCAGUCUAGUUCAAUUACCAAACACCUAGAACGGCUGCGAUCAUCCGCCGUAAAAGCAGCAGAGGCAAACGCCAGUACUAUAGGUGAGAGAGUAAGAUUGAGAAAAUUAGCGAGUAACCCCUCGCUAGCGCAACCACCUCUCAUCAGGCGUACAAAGACUAUCGCUGAAAUCCCAAUACCUCCAACAGAGAAUCCAAGCAGACGAUGGGCUAAUUUACCACCGAUCGAUGAAAUCCAUUCGAGUACAAACUCGGAUGAAGAAGUUCAUGAAGAUGAAGAAGUCCAACAACCACAACAGAUAAGAAGACAAUCCAUAGCCAAUACUGUUCCCUGUGAAUUAUUUGACCCUGGUAUAAAAAACCAUGAAAGUAAGAUAUCCUUACACACGACGAAUGAAAACUUGACGUAUUUCAGAGAUAAUUAUUUGCACUUUAUUUCUGCUGAUUGUGAACUUACAACCAUCACAUCGCGACUACUGAUAGAAACAGACAAGAUAGAUCCACAGGAUCUGAAAUUGAAGAAACCAAAAAUUAAUCAAGUACUAAUAACAUCACACGGUAAACAUAAAAUUCUCAGUGCAGUGUUAAAAAGGAACCAUUUUGACUCAUUUUCCAUACAAGAAUUAAAAGAUGUAUUAAAAAUUGUCAAAAAUGUACUAAACCACUACAACAUAAAAACUUUGCGAAUCUCAAAACCAGGAGAUAUGCUCGAAGGUUUGAGCCAAUCACUUGUCACUGACGUUCUUAAGGAAUGCUUAAAUGACUGUGAAUGUUCUCUCACCAUUUGUCACGGAAGCGUAACCAUACCAGACGAGGAUGUCCGCAAGGAUAUCGUCGCGGAGUAUCACGAAAGCCUAACAGGUGGUCAUAAAGGUAUAACUAAAACAUACCGAAGAAUUCGUGAACGAUUUUACUUGCCAAACAUGAGAGAUGACAUCACAGAAUUUAUUCGUACAUGCAGAAGUUGUCAAGAACAAAAACUAGUUCGGAUCAAGACUAAAGAACCAAUGAUCAUCACGGAUACUCCUGCAGAACCUUUUGACAAGAUCUCAAUCGACACAGUGGGACCAUUACCUCAAACGCCAUCAGGCAAUAUGCAUAUCCUUACUGUGCAAGACAAUCUCACGAAAUAUUGCGUAGCAGUACCAAUACCAAACAUUAAGGCUGAGACUAUUGCAGACGCACUUGCUCGCCGCGUUAUUAUUCAGUUUGGGUCACCUCGCGUAAUAUUAAGUGAUCAAGGGAGAUCAUUUGUUGACUGGGAUAAGCUUGUUCCCUUUGCAAUGUUUUCAUAUAAUAUCGCUGUACAUGAAUCUACUAAUUUCACUCAUUUCGGACUUAUAUACGGUAAAAGAGCGCGCAUACCCAGUUCUUUUCCACCCCCAGACAAAAUUGAAACUUACGGAACCUACCUAUACGACCUAGUCAACCGUAUGGAUGACAUGAGACAUUUCGCAGCAUCUAAUUUAAUUAAAUCCAAACACCGCUCUAAACGUUACUAUGACGCGCACCUGAACCCCAGUACUUUGAAUGUUGGAGAUCAGGUUUAUGCUAUAAAGGAACCACGAAAGGGUAAAUUCGAUUCGCAUUAUAAAGGUCCAUAUGUGAUAGCCGAGUUAUUAGAUAAUAAUACGGCUAUAAUAGAGGAUGAAAAGGGCAAACGUUCCCUUAAGCACAUAGAUAAGUUAAAAAUCUGUAACACACGAGAUUCUACUAAUUCUAACACUGACACUCAAUCUGACUAA